AUGUCGAGCACUCUCCCCUUCACGCUGGACGCCCCGUCCCUGCUUCACGAGGCAUCCCUCCUCAAUGGAAACUGGGUCCAGUCCCAAUCCGGGCAGGUCUUUGAAGUCGAAGACCCCGGCACAAACAAACCCUUCGCUCACUGCCCAACAAACACAACCACCGACGUAGACGCCUACAUCCAAUCCUCCCACUCCGCCUUCCAAACCUACCGCCACACCAACCCCCGCACGCGCGCAAAACAGCUCCUAGAAUGGCACAACCUCAUCGCAGCUUCCAAAUCAGACAUCGCCAAGCUCGUCGUCUACGAAACAGGCAAACCCAUGUCCGAAGCCCUCGGCGAGGUUGAAUACGCUCUGGGCUUUGCGUGGUGGUUCUCCGGCGAAGCGGAGCGUGUUCGCGGGUCCAUAGCCCAGCCUUCUAUCAACGAUCGCAGGACCUUUGUCGUGAAACAGCCUAUUGGGGUAUGUGUGGCUCUUGUGCCGUGGAACUUCCCCGUGGCUAUGAUUAUUCGCAAGGUCUCUGCAGCAUUAGCAGCUGGGUGUACGGUUGUGAUUAAACCGUCGCCUGAGACGCCGCUGAGUGUGCUUGCCCUGGCUGAUUUGGCCUUGAAGGCUGGGGUUCCGGCUGGUGUUGUGAAUGUACUUACCACGGAUAAUGAGCAUACGCCUUCUGUGAGUGAGGCGCUUUGCAAACAUCCGCUGGUUAGGAAGGUUACCUUUACGGGGAGUACGGGGGUGGGAGAGCUGAUUGCGCGGCAUUGCAGUGUAGGACUGAAGAAGGUAACGCUAGAGCUAGGCGGGAAUUGUCCGUUUUUGGUGUUUGACGAUGCGGAUUUGGAGCAGGCGCUGGCGGCGCUUAUGGUGUUGAAGUGGAGGACGGCGGGACAGGCAUGUACGCAUGCGAAUCGGGUUUAUGUGCAGAGGGGGGUAUAUGAGAGGUUCUUGGGGAUGGUUGUUGAGGUGACGAGGAAGAUCCAGGUUGGGCAUGGGGCUAGUGAGGGGACGACGAUGGGGGCUUUGACGACGCAGAGGGGGAUUGAGAAGCUGGAGAGGCAUGUUGCGGAUGCAGUUAAGAAGGGGGGUGAGGUUGUAUUGGGCGGAAACAAGAUAGAACAGCUUGGAGGGAACUUCUUCCAGCCUACGAUCAUCUCGGGCAUGUCGGCGGAUAUGUUGACCACGAAGGAAGAAAUCUUUGGGCCGCUUCUCGGUCUGUAUCGCUUUGAUACUGAGGAGGAGGCAGUCCGGAUGGCGAAUGAUACGAGCAUGGGCCUGGCCUCGUACUUCUUUACGCGCGAUGUCAGCCGGACGUGGCGGUUGCUGGAGAGCCUGGAGGCCGGCAUGAUUGGCAUGAAUACUGGAAACUCGUCUGCAGCAGAGUCUCCGUUCGGGGGUAUCAAGGCGUCUGGAUACGGCAAGGAAGCUGGCAAGGACGUGGCGAUUGAGGAGUACCUGAUUGCAAAAACAGGCACUCUGACGGUUUCCAAGCUGUAG